AUGAUACUCACUGGUGCCUCCAGAGGCAUUGGUGGUGCAGCUGCUGAGAUUUACCUCUCUCAAUCUACUUCUCACAACUUAGUAGCAAUUGCUAGAUCGCUGGAGUCAUUAAAUGCGUUGAAGGAGAAAUACGGCGACAGAGUAAAAACUGUGACUGGAGACAUUUCAGACGAGAGAGUGGCUUCAGAAGCUAUAGAGAAAGCUCUCGAAUUUGGCUCAAUUGACUCUGUUGUGGCGAACGCCGGUGUUCUUGAUCCAGUGAACACUGUUGCCAAGGCAGACGUUGCCAAAUGGAGGAAUCUUUUUGACAUCAACUUUUUCUCCGUGGUUGAUCUCUUCCAGAAGGCUUUACCGCAUGUGAAGGAGUCUAAUGGCCGCUUUGUUGCUGUUCUGUCUGGUGCUCUGACUAAAUCUUACUACGCAUGGGGUGCUUAUGGUGCCUCCAAGGCUGCUUUGAACCAUCUCGUGCAGACAAUGGUUGCUGAGGAUCCUCAAGUGAAUGCUAUUUCUGUAGCACCCGGUGUGGUGGACACAAAUAUGCAAGAGGAUAUCAGGACAAAAUUCGGAGCUAACAUGACACCUGAGAGCUUGCAGAGAUUCAUUGAUUUUCACAAGAACAAGGAGUUGUUGCCACCAGAGGUUCCUGCAAACUUGCUAGUGAACUUGGCAGUCAAGGGUUGGGGUAAGAAUCUCAAUGGUGGGUACCAUAGAAUUGGCGAGGAAGCGCUCAAAGAGUUCCAAUGA